UGCUUCUCCCCACGCUCAGAAGUGGAAGCGUUUUUAAGCUCGUGUCAGCGUAGGUGCGCGUGAGCUCCGAACUCUCAACACAGUGCUGCUCGCAGAGCGCGCUGCAGCGGCGGAAGGCGCGAAACUUCUUUGACCCAAGGCAAGAACAGGACCGACCCCGGCCGGCAGGACGAGCUGGAGAUCAUGGUGAAGGAAGAGGAGAUCAUGGCGGAGGCGGGCGGGAGAGGGUACAUGGACAUGCUCGGCCUCGGGGACGAGGCUAUGGCCGACUACUUCCUCUGCCCGUCGCCGUCCUCCCCCUACCUCUCCUCCGCCACCGUCUCGACCACCACCACCAACGCCAGCACCCACGCCGCCGCCGCUUCCCCCACCUGCGCCUCGUACCUGCUUCCUCCGGCCGGCCCGUACCGCCACAUCCUCAACUUCGGCGGCAGGGCAGAGCAGCAGUACCCCGGCGCCGGCGGCGACAUGUUCGGGGCGCUCCAGUACUACUACAACGGAGCCGGCGGCGGUCACGCGGUGCCGGUGGCCGUCCCGCAGAAGUCUAGCCCCACCACCGAGUGCUCCUCCUCCAUCUCCUCCAUGUCGUCCUCGCCCACCGCCACCGCCGUCUCCGCCCCCAAGCCGCAGCCGCCCAAGAAGAGGGGAUCGAGAAGCAGCGAUCAGAGGAAGGCUGCUGCACCUGCCGCGGCUGCUGGAAACAAGAGGCCCAGGGUGAGGAGGGAGCGGAUGGGGGAGCGGAUCCUGGCGCUGCAGCAGCUGGUUUCUCCGUUCGGCAAGACCGACACCGCUUCCGUCCUGCACGAGGCGCUCGGCUACAUACGCUUCCUGCACGAACAGGUUCAGGUACUGAGCUCGCCGUACAUGCAACGCCUGCCGCCCUCUGCGCCGCGCGCCCCGGAGCCACGGGUGCCGAGCGACCUCCGGAGUCGCGGGCUGUGCCUGGUGCCGCUCGCAUGCACGGACCACGUCGCCGGCGGAGGCAACGGCAACGGCGCCGACGUCUGGUCGACGGUGGCGGCGAUGGGGGUGGCGGCGGACCAGGACCAGGAGGAGGGCAAGGCGGCGAUGAUGCGCGGCGACCGUCAUCUUCCGGGGCAACUGGCCUAGCUACCUCACUGCGCUAUGUACACUCUGCUGCAGGGUUUAGACUUUAAUUAGACUUCUCAGGGUUGAUCAGCUCGUUGCUAGCGUUAGAACUCCAUGACCCGUUUUGUUGUUUGUUUUGGAGUGGCUUGCACAGGCGGCAGCAGCAGCAGCAGCACGGGAAUCCGAUGUUUUUGUAAAGUAUAGUACUCCUAGCAAUGCUCUACUACUACAAACUUGGCUUCACCGUCAA